UCCACUGCUGAUGGAUAUUUUGUUCCAUGGAGAGGUUGCCAUGCUUAUAAUUGGUCUUUGCAGUAUUUUUAAAAGAGAUCCUGGUCGUGUAACUCCUGGACCUUCCUUAUCAAGUGAACUUUGUGAUGGAUCCAUCUCUGAAGUCAGUGAGACUAGCUCUUUGUUGGGAAGAGUAAGAUAUUGCAGAAUUUGCGAGGCCUAUAUCAAAGGGUUUGACCACCAUUGCCCUGCGUUUGGAAAUUGUAUAGGUAAUGGUCAGAAUAACUAUUUCCUUUUCAUGGCUCUUUUGGCUGGAUUUCUUAUCACCGAGUCUUCUUUUGUAGCCAGCUCAUCUAAGUUUGCUUCUAAAUCUUCAAUUCCGUACCAAACUAGAUUGGAGAGUAAUAUGGAGGCAGACUUGGUCAUUGGUGGAUUGCUGUUUUCUCUGCUCCAAUUGAUAUGGCAGGGUAUAUUCUUAAUGUGGCAUAUAUACUGCAUAUGUUUCAACAUUAGAACUGAUGAGUGGAUAAACUGGAAGAAGUAUCCAGAGUUUCAACACCAAGUUAAAUCUGAACAAGGGCAAAGUUCUACUAACUUGGCGUUCCGGAACCCAUAUGAUAAGGGCAUCCUGGGGAACAUUAGAGAGUUCCUAUCAUAAAAACAGCAGAUAACCUAUGCUUCUCCUGACGAUGGAAGCACAGCAACAUGAAACUGUUCUUGUUGGUAUCGUUGUUGAUUACAUCGGAACAUGAGGCAACGAUAUCGAUAUUGCCUGGCAAAAACCCAAAAGCAUGCGACCCUUCAGGUAAACUCAAAUGGGCCUAACCAAUAGGUGGGUUUGCGACAGGCCCCAGAAAAAAAUGGAUCGAUGGUUGGUUUGGGGUCAGUGUCAGUCAGACCUUAAAUCCUUUCUCGAGCCUAAUUAAUAACGAUUAAAUUCCCA